UGACGCAAAAAGUGACAGUUUUCUGUUUUACUCACAGAACAAACAGUGAUUAGUGACAUGUUUUAUUUAUUGUAAAAUUACUAUAUCGUAAUUCGAAUUCGCGUGUGAUUGUAUGUUAAUAACACUAUUAACGAAUACAAAGUAAUUGGCUAAGGUCACAGUAAAAUGUGGAAUAACUAAUUUCGUAAUAAGUUUAAGUGAGAGGAAAAGAUAUACUAGCAUAACAUAACAAUGAGUAAUAUAGCAGGACCACAUGGAUUAAAUUCUCUACCUACAGGUGUCAAUCCAGAUAAUAAUUUAUUACCUGGAGGGCCUAUAAUAAAUCCAACAGUGAAUCGAAAUAGAAAUAAUAAUCAAAAUCCUCUUUUUAAUGUAAGAGAGAGAUUAUUUCAUGCAUUGUUUUUUAAAUUUGCAAUUGCGUACGCUCGGACAUUCCCUAGGCCCUUGAGGAGAUUUUUCGAAUUCCUUGUUCUCUUAAAAGCAUUAGUGGCAUUCUUUGUUCUUGCAUAUAUACAUAUAGCAUUCUCAAGAACACCAACAACAUGCCUAAAUCAUAUAAAGGACUCUUGGCCGAGGGAUGGUAUAUUACGAGUAGAAAUUUUACGGAACCCAUCACAAGAUUAUACAAUUGAACAAAGUUAUGCAAAGGAGCGUAAAUUAAAAAAGGAUAAAGAUGAAAUUAAUUCAAUGUUAGGCAUGCUAGCAACAGAACGCUUCAUAAACAUUGAAUCAUCCACCAGCGAUGAUGUGGAAGACGAUGAAUACAUGCGAGACGGUACAGACUAUGGUAACAUUACGAGACUUCACGAUGACAGUGAAGACACAUCUAUAAACCAAGUUAUAGAAACAGGACAUAUAAAUACAAAAGCAGAGAACGAUAGAAAUGAGGAAGUUGAUCUGAACGCCACUAUAAUACCUGGAGAGGAAAUAGAACCUACUUCGUCUAUAUGGGAGGGAAUUAUGGGGUUAGUUGAAGAUAUCGACAGGGAUUCUAAAAUUGUUGAUGAAUCACUUGAUGAGGCAGCUUCCAAUGAUUCAUCCAAAGAUGACGAUUACAUCCUCGAGUACUCCCUGGAGUAUGGUUUCCUCCGUUUAUCUCCAAACGCGAGGCUACUCCUCAAGAUCCCCGUCAAGAUCGUCACCCUGGACCCGCAGAAGGACGAAUGCUUUGGGGACACCUUCUCAAGAUUCGUUCUUGAUGAGUUCCUGGGCUAUGAUGAUCUUCUGAUGGCAUCUAUCAAGUCACUUGCUGAACAAGAGGACAAUAAAGGCUAUUUGAGAAACGUGAUCACCGGUGAGCAUUACCGCUUCGUGUCGAUGCUGACAGCGCGUAGUUCAUACAUAGCCGCUUUCUUCAUUAUGCUCGUGUUUACUGUUUCUAUAUCGAUGCUCCUGCGCUACGCCCACCAUCAAAUAUUUGUUUUUAUUGUGGACCUGCUACAAAUGCUGGAGUUUAACGUCACGGUGUCGUUCCCGGCGGCACCGCUUCUUACAGUUAUAUUGGCGUUAGUUGGUAUGGAAGCCAUCAUGUCGGAGUUCUUCAACGACACCACCACUGCUUUCUACAUCAUCCUCAUAGUGUGGAUAGCAGACCAGUAUGAUGCUAUUUGCUGUCAUACUGCCAUCGCGAAACGACACUGGUUGAGAUUCUUCUACCUAUACCACUUCUCGUUCUACGCGUACCACUACCGCUUCAACGGACAGUACAGCAGUUUGGCUCUCGUCACCUCAUGGCUAUUCAUACAGCAUUCCAUGUUAUACUUCUUCCAUCACUACGAGUUGCCCGUGAUACUACAGCAAGCUCAACUGCAGCAGCUCCUAUUGCGUAGUCACCACGGUAUGGGUGGCAUGAUGGGGCUAGCUGGGAUAGCGGCUCUGGCGAGUGGAACUGCGUAUCACGAUGCCCCAGGAACUGGAACACAGGCUACACCACCAACCACACAGUCGACCACACAAACUGUACAGAACACCGUACAAUCCACCACGCAGACCUCACCCUCCGUGUCCACAGCUCAAACAAAUACCACUCACACGGGUGACGUCAUCACCUCUCGCAGUGUCACCACGGAAACGCACGCCACCGGCACUAACACUUCAGGAAUUGACAACGAAGACAGAGCAAUAGCCGCAUCCGACGAAAACAACAUGAACAGUUCAAACAAGACUACAAAUACUACGACCGACGCUGGCAUUCAAAUCGAAGAGAUCAGAAGAAAAACAUCUGACAGCGAUAUCAAUUUGAUUCGCAACAACACAAUCAUAAGCAGCCUCGAUGACGCUAAAAACUCCUCUAGAGGAGUGAACGAGGCUGAAGCUAACAGUGUUGGUACAGACGCGCCGAGUCUUGCGUUGGAUCGUCGGCGAAAAGUGAACGUGGGGGUCGGGGACGAUCCGGCUUCCACUACCGAAGAAAUGACUACGAGAAUCGCGCCCAGGGCUUCCCCGGAAGCCGAUGACCUAAUUUAGCAUCACUACCAUAUUACUAAUAAUUGCUUUGAAGACGUAUUUAGUUUACAGCUAUCUAUUUCACUUAGAAACAUUGAUAGAGACCAACCCGGGCUCAAUAGCAACGAAGUAAAAUGUAUAUCGAACGAGCCACUAUGACACCAAUAGGAAUUACGGAUAUAGGGAAUUUUUAUAUGAUUGCUAAAAUGAAUUGUUGAGUCAUACAGAGUAAA